AUGGGAUCUUCAAACUUUCAAUUUGGCUCAGCAGAUUAUUCGAAACAGUGGCUACACACAUCAACAUACAGUGUUACAGAAAUGAAUACGAAUAUGCUGCACAACAUCAAAACCUUUGGCCAACUUCUGAAACUAUUUUCGGAAAAAUUUGGCGGACACCCUGAAGAGAAACGUCUACCACCCAUGAUUUUAUUUGUGAAAAAUUACCUCCGACACUACUCGAUUGCAUUGAUUGAUCAGACGAUAGACUUGGAAUCCAGCAAUUCAUUCUCAACAAAUGAGAAUACCAUGGAAAGUCUAAUAGAGUCGUUCAGGAAGCUUUACGAGUCAUACAUGUCUGUAUUUCAAGAAGAUCAAAUUUCACAAUAUGCCAACUUAGCGUUACAAGAACUGAUGAACGAGAAGCACACUCUUUGAAAGUACUACGGAACUCCUG